ACUCUUUAUUUCGAGUACCACAAACUUGUUGAUUCACUGAUAGACUCUCUGAUACCAUGAGUGCGGAUGAUAUUCGAGCCAAGAGACUUGCAAAGUUGGGAUCUAGAAUACCUAAUCCCACCGCAAGCACCUCUGCUUCCAACAACAACCCUACUGUUGUUCCCGAGCUGAACGAGCUACCAGUACUGUCCGAACCUGAAAAGAAGAAAGUAUCGUUGGAUACCACUCAACGACAGAAGUUGCCAUCCGUUCAACCACCUACCCCAGUUCCCAAACCAGUGGCCACCGUGCCACCAGAACAGGAUAUCGCCAAUUGGUUCACUUUCCAUUUGAAAGAUAUCUUCAAGGUGAGCCUUGUGCCUUCGAAAGACUUGGUUUAUGUCGAGUCGGUAGCUCAUGAAUUGCAAGAGUCAGGACGGCUCGUUUCUGGUGAUGAUUUGGAGUCGAUUUUCAUGGAGGUUUUAUCCGAAUUAGGUGUCCCCAGACCUUUCAAGACGACAAUUGACUAUUUGUUCCAUAUCUACAACGAGUCGUUGAGGUUGAGAAACCGGUUACUGAAGAAAGAACCAAACUUGGAGAAGAAAACCGCUCUUGUGCAUUCAAUCACCCAGUUUUCGUGUAACUAUGGUUAUAUUUGUUUCCAGGUUGGUGACAUGUUUAUCAACAAUGAUUUGCAGUCGUUAACCAACACUUUCAUCAAUUCCUCGAGCACGAUGUCUGGGUUCUUAACUGAUAUUGUCUAUGAAAGUAUCGAACAAGAUGGCUUGUUAGAUAUGUUGAACCUAUUGUUUCCGGCCAUCAGCAGUCAGUUGGGCCGGAUCAACUUGCACGACCCCUCAUACAACAAGUAUUUGGUCAUAUUCAAGACCUUGGUUGGUAUCAAACAAGUUGCUGCGGUAUUUUCACAGGUGGUGGGAUUCAAACCGCCUAACCUGGAAGAAGGUUUGGAUUUUGAAUGUAAAACCUUGUUGGGUCCCUUACUAAGGUUGUCUCCUCUUGCUGACAAGGUAGGUGUAAGUUAUUUCGGUGAAGGUUUUGAUGAUAACAACUUCACCCGGAUCAACUCGGCGUACGAUUCGAUAAACGUUGAAUUCAAAUUGAUUGUGGACCAAUUGUUUGAAAUUGUCAACAAGUUGAUCAGAGGAUCUCCCGAGACUAGAAACCUGGUGAUGAAAUGGUUUGCCGACUUGGUGAAUGUCAGCCAUUUGAGAACUGGUAGUCAUUCAGACCCUGCCAAAUUGGCAGGUGAUGGUAUCAUGUUCAACAUCUUUGUUAUCUUGACCAGAUUAAGUGGACCAUUCUUGGAAUACCCUCUUUAUUCCAAAACAGAUAAGAUUGACUUAAACUAUUUGGUUAACAAACAAUGUUUGGUUGAUUUGAAGGAAGAAACUCGAGUCAACUCCACUCUUGCUGAAAGUGGUGAAUAUGUUGAAAGUUUCCUGUCCCAGGAAAAGCCUAACUUCAUAUCUGACUGUUUCUAUCUUACUUUAACCUACUUAAAUUACGGGGUUGGUGGGAUUUCCGUCAAAUAUGAUAAGUUGAAGAACCAGAUCAAGCAGUUGAAAGAGAGGAUUGCAAUGAUUGAAAACCGGCAGGUUCCACAAGGUACAAACCCAAUGAUGAUGCAGUUUCUUGGUCAGCAGUUACCAACUUUGAACAAGCAGUUGUCUCUUCUCAACAUCAAAAAGCACACUGUGAAAGCCCUUUUCAAUUCAAGGGACCUUCAGCUUGAAAUCUUUGAUUUCAUUGUGGGAGCCACUGUUUUCAUUACCAAAGUCAUUGACCCAUCUCACCAGCAUCCUCAAACAAAGCUCAAAAUUCCAAUCUUCAAGAUUGAUAGAGUAAGCCAGUUGGAUGAUCAAGACUUCUUACGAACCAAGUGUCCAUCUCCCUGGAAGUAUUUCCCUGAGUUCUUUUUGGAAGGUAUGAUUAACUACUGUAAGUUCACCACUCAUUUCAGAGGUUGUCCAUUGGUGAGAAAUGAUCAAAAGCUCCAAUUGUUCAUUGAAUUUGCAAUCAUCUUGAUUCGGUGUCCUGAAAUUCUAGGCAACCCUCACAUGAAGUCCAAUAUCAUAGAAAUUUUGUUCAUUGGUUCAUUGCCUAUGCAAGAUGGUAGUCCUGGGUUCUUGGCUGAUAUUUUCAUCUCCAACGUCUUGGUUAGGGACAACAUCUUGUACUCGUUAUUGGAUUUAUAUGUCAUGGUUGAGAAAACCGGUGCAUCAUCUCAGUUUUAUGAUAAGUUCAAUAGCAGAUACUAUAUAUCUGUGAUUUUGGAAGAAUUAUGGAAGAAUGACGUCUACAAAAAUCAGUUAACCAAAUACUCCACUAGCAAUAUCGAGUUCUUUGUGAGAUUUAUCGCUAGAAUGUUAAACGAUACAACCUAUUUACUUGACGAAACGUUCAAUGAGUUGAACUCAAUUCACAAUUUUCAACAAGAAAUCAAGAGACGGCAGGGAGGUCAACCUGGUGAUGAGCAGGAAUUUGGAAGUACGGAUGAUCUUUUAAAGAACUUGCAAAGUAGCGAGAAAAAGGCUGAAAGUUACAUGGGAUUAAGUAAUAAAACUAUGGAAUUGUUUAAACUAUUCACCAAACAUGUCCCUAGAGGAUUUAUGCUACCCGAAUUGGUAGAUCGGUUGGCAGGUAUGUUAGACUAUAAUCUUGAGGCAAUGCUUGGUCCUAAAGCUUCUAACUUGAAGGUUGAAGAUCCUACCAAGUACCAUUUCAAUCCCAGAGAAAUUUUACAAUCUUUGUGUGAAGUUUACUAUAACUUGGCCCAUGAACCUGAAUUCGUUAAAGCGGUUGCAAGAGACGCUAGAUCAUUUAAUGUCAACUGGUUCUACAAAGCCGAACGAAUUCUAUCCACCAAGACCAUGACUGAUUCCAAAACCAUUAGUCGAUUAGUCGAGUUUGCAAAGAAUGCCGAAAAGCAGAGGCUUGAAGAUGAAAAUGACGAGUUGGAAUUAGGAGAAAUCCCCGAUGAGUUCUUAGAUCCAUUAAUGUUUACGUUAAUGGAGGAUCCGGUGAUCUUACCAAGCUCCAGAGUAAGUAUCGAUAGGUCAACGAUUAAGGCGCACUUGUUAAGUGAUUCUACAGACCCAUUUAAUAGAGUUCCAUUGAAGUUAGAGGAUGUUCUUGAUGAUUUUGAGUUAAAGGACAAGAUUGAAGCAUUUAAGCGUCUGAAACACAAUCCUCAAACUUCAACUCCGAUGGAAAUAGAUGGUUAGUUAAGAGAAUUUGCAUUGGUAGGUAGUCAAACACAUCUAACCCUCAUGUUCAUGGAUUAAAUAUUUGUAUAUUUCAAUUCAUUAUUAUCUAAAUUAUUUUGCAAUACCGUAUAAUUACAUGAUUUAAGCCUUGAUGGCAAAAGAUCUCUUUGGGAAAGUGGUCUUUUGUUUUCUGGCCUUGUCAGUGAUUCUGGUAGCUUCGAACUUAGUUAAUUUUCUUCUGAUGGCUCUGGUCUUCUUGGCUCUCAAGUCCUUUGGAAGGUACUUCUUACCUUGGUAGAAAGCUCUGACAUUUUCUCUUUGGUUCAAGUUGAUGAUAGUCAAAACUCUGGCGAUGUUCUUUCUAACAGUGUGGAUUCUUGGCAAAGAUGGUUUUUGUAAUUUUUGAACCUUCAAGUUAGCCAAUUCUUGUUUCAAUUCAACCAAUUGGUUUUCUAAUUGUUCCUUAGAUUUGGUUCUUAAUUCAUAAGCUUUUAAUCCGGCCUUUCGAUAAUUUAGUUAGAUACAAAAA